AUGGCCGCCGAGAAGAAAAUUCUCUUGUCCUCCUAUUCUCGCAUGAUGGACAGCAUUAAGUCCCGUGCGGAAAAAUUGCUCAUUUAUGUGCGUUCUUUUGAUUCCGAGAAGCAAGAUAAGUCUCUUCUCGAAGACAAGCUACAGUCAGUAAAUGAAAUGCGUUCCUAUUUCCAUGAGACAGAAGUGAAGUUGUACGGGUUGCUCAAGGAAGAUGAAGUCGAAGAUUGGCAAAUGACUAGUGAGGGGAUAGAAGACACGCUCGACGAAAUCCGCCAUCUUAUCCGUAGCAUACUCCGUGAUAUAGAUCCCCCGAAGCCAGUGUCUGCCCAAGUUUCUAGUGCAACUAGCCAAGGUUCCCAUCCCAAAUUGCCAGACAUUCCCCUUCCCCGGUUCAAUGGUCAACUCGAAGAUUGGAUAAGUUUCAAGAACCAGUUCAAUGCCCUUGUGAAGCGUCGUGAAGGUCUUUCGGAAACCUUGCGAAAUUUGCUAAAUGACGUCACGCGUAACAUUCGAGCCUUAGCCAACCUCGAAUUAAAACUCGAACUUCUUUCGGAGCAGUUUCUGAUCCACUUGGUCUGCACUCGCCUUGAUGCUCGCACUCGGAAGGAUUUUGAGCUGCAAUUGACCGACAACGCCCUGCCAUCCUGGGAUAAGUUGUUGGACUUCCUACAAUCUCGCUGCCGCUGUCUGGAGAACAUCGAACAAGAUGGAAAAGAUACUUCGUCAAAUCAGUCCUCGCGUCUACGACCAGAACGCUCUGGGUCUCAUGUGGUGAGAACCUUUCCCGAAAAUGCAUACACCCAAAAACCCAGCUUCGGUAACGUCACCUGUUUCGUUUGCAAAGGUACACACUUUUUGAAUCGGUGCGACCAAUUUCUGAACCUAGCUCCAAACGAUCGCUUUGCCAAGAUCAAGAGCCUAGGUAUUUGCUUGAACUGCUUCAGCAAUAAGCACUACGUACACGAAUGCAAGGGUAGCUCGUGUCGUAAAUGUGGUCGUCGACACCACACGUUGUUGCAUGAAUCCGAUUCGAACUCGUCGUCUUCUGUAAGAGAUGUUCGCCAACCACCAGAUUCGCACCCCAUACAACGAUCUUCAACUGCUCCUACCCCCUCGUCGAUCAACUCGGCGAUCAGUCCUGUCUCUCCGUCGACUACACGAUCACACCAAUACGUACUCUACACAGCUGUCGGACUUGUAGAAGAUGCUCAUGGGAACUCAAUUGAGUGUCGAAUUUUACUCGAUUGUGGUUCGAUGCAUAAUUUGAUCGCAGCACGACUUGUCAAUGUAUUGAAGCUACCGAAAACGAAUGCGAAUGUCAACAUUCUUGGUGUCACUGGCUCACCUCAAUUGAUCAAAGACAAGGUCAGAGCAACGAUUCGCUCCACCUUGACCAAGGCCUCGUUCAAUUUGGAAUUUUUGGUCAUGAAAAGGGUCACAACCGACCUGCCAAUGAAGUCGUUCCAAAUAGAUUCCGAUCAGAUUCCAGCAGAUGUAGCACUGGCAGACCCUUCGUUCAAUCGAUCGCGGCGAAUCGAUAUGCUGCUAGGAAUCCAAGUGUUCAAUGAGCUAUUCACAGGUCAAUCGUUUUCGUUGACAGAUGAUCACACGUUCUGGUGUAAAGAGACCAUUUUUGGAUGGGUAGUUGGUGGUGCAGUUAGCGAGCAGGGAGCAGAGCAAUCUUCCUCGAACAUGUGCGGAAUCGUGACGAACGAAGCGUUGAGCGAACAGAUGAGCAGGUUCUGGGAAACGGAAGCCAUUCCCGAGCCUCGAAAGUUGACCGAAGAUGAACUAGCUGCUGAACGAAGUUUCCAAGAGACAUGUCGGAGACUACCAGAUGGGCGAUACGAAGUUGGACUGCCACUCAAGAACAGCAUCGAUCAAUUGGGCGAGAGCGAGACGAUGGCACUGCGCAGAUUUGUACAAGUUGAGCGACGAUUGAUACACAACCCGAACAUCUACGAGCAGUACCGAGCAUUCAUGGCAGUCUAUCACGAUCAAGGGCAUAUGGUCAAGACAAACCAGAUGGUCGAGGGAGCGUACUUCAUGCCCCAUCAUGCGGUGUUCAAUCCAGCGAGCACCACUACUAAGACAAUAGUCGUUUUUGAUGCGUCGGCGACGACAACGACGGGAACGUCACUGAACGAUCACCUUUUCGUCGGUCCCGUGGUCCAGCGAAAGCUAACAGAUACAGUCCUGCGAUUCCGAAUCCCGAAAAUUGCGUUCACUGCGGACAUCACCCAAAUGUUCCGGCAGAUCGUCAUAAGGCCGCAAGAUCGCAAAUGGCAACAGAUUUUUUGGCGUUCGCAACAGGAUGUUCCUUUGGAGGUGUACCAGUUGGCUACAGUCACUUACGGCACGGCAUGUGCACCUUUCCUUGCGACACGUGUACUAAAGCAGCUGUGCGAAGACGAGAGCGAGCGUUUCCCCUUGGCAUCGAAGGCGGGAACCGAAGACUAUUACAUGGACGACCUUUUGAGUGGGGCGAAUACAGUGGAAGAAGCGAUGGCGAUGCAAUCCGAGUUCGUCGAAAUGAUGUCAUCCGGAGGCUUUGUGCUACACAAGUGGGCCUCCAAUCACCCUGCAUUGUUGCAAUCCGUUCCGAAUUCCGACGCCGAGCAAAUCGCAUUUUUCGAGGACGAAAAGACCACACGAACAUUAGGGUUAACCUGGCAGCCCCGCAACGAUGUGUUCUUCACCAAAGUACACGAGAUUCAGUUCCAUACCGACCAACCAACGAAGCGAACUGUGUAUUCGGACAUUGCGAAACUGUACGACCCACUAGGCCUGCUGGGUCCGCUGAUCUUUGCUGCGAAAGUGAAGCUGCAGAAACUGUGGCACCUCGAAGUGGACUGGGACGAAGCUUUGAGCACCGAAGAGACCGAAUCUUGGGAAUGUUUCCGCAACCAAAUCGUUCAAAUGGGCGAAAUCUCGAUUCCACGCUGUGUACUCCCCUACAAUUCACCAAACAGCAUAGAAUUGCACGGCUUUUGCGAUGCAUCCGACCUGGGCUACGGUGCAUGCGCCUACAUUCGAUCGGUCGAUUCGAAUAACGAUUGUUCGGUACUAUUGCUAACUUCUAAGUCUCGAAUCGCACCCCUCAAAAACGCAAAACUGACUACCGCACGUCUCGAACUUUGCGGUGCGCUUGUACUUGCACGAUUGAUUUCAAACAUAACGCAAAACUUGAGCAUUACCUUUUCCAGAAUCACUCUCUGGUCCGACUCCACGACCGCUUUAGCUUGGAUUAGGACCGACCCAAGCAGACUGAAAACCUUCGUCUGCAAUCGCGUCAUAGACAUCCAAAACCUGACGCACGACAUGGAAUGGAGGUACGUCAAUACCCUCGACAACCCUGCUGAUGUCCUAUCCCGAGGUCUAUUACCGAGCGAAAUCAAAGACUGCGAACAAUGGUGGACUGGACCACCGUUCCUGCGAGAAACCGACACCUUUUGGCCGAACCAACCACAAAACACACCCGCAGAGCAGCUCCCGGAAACGAAAAACACCACAAUUUGCCUCACAGUCACAGACCCUCCUGUACAGUUCCGGUUUUUCGAGAUCGAAAGUGAGUUCCGGAAAAUGCAACGAAAAAUGGCCUGGGUGCUACGAUUCAUCGACCACGUUCGUAAGGGACACCAGAAGGAUCAUCGAUACGGAGAGCUGACCGUUCCAGAACUUCAUCAAGCAACAGUGGCCCUGGCCAGCAUUGCGCAGAGAGAAGCCUUCCCAGACGACAUCCAACGCCUACGCUCUGGAAAGGUAAUUCACCAUAAAAGCAAAUUUAUCACCUAUUCUGUGUUCGUAGAGAAGUCCCGGUUCAGCGUUUUGCGAGGUGGUGGAAGAAUCCGCCAUGCUGCCAUUCCCGCAGCGCAGAAGCAUCCCAUGGUCCUACCGUCUGGUCACCCGUUCACACUGGCCUUGAUCAGAGCGUACCACGUCGAAAUGCUCCACGCUCCUCAGCAAAUGCUGCUAACAACACUGCGACGACGAUUUUGGGUUCUUCAUGGGCGAAGCACUGUCCGACAAGUCAUCCGAAAGUGCAUCACGUGCUUCAGAGCGAAACCGAUCUCCAUGCAGCAACAAAUGGGAGACCUACCGAAAUCUCGUUUGGAGGGAGUGUACCCCUUCUUCAACACUGGAGUCGACUUUUGCGGGCCAAUCUACAUCCGACAACAUAACAAGCGAUCAACCGUCACCUACAAGGCAUAUGUAGCGGUGUUUGUAUGCUUCGCUACUCGAGCUAUACACCUGGAGCUGGUAGGAGAUUUGACCGCAGACGCCUUCAUUGCGGCCCUACACCGUUUCGUCUCCCGAAGAGGUAAAUGCGCUAAACUGUUUUCCGAUAAUGGCCUUAAUUUCGUCGGUAGCAAGAACAAGCUGAGGGAAAUGUACGACAUGUUCCGGUCACAGCAACUAAAAUCCAAGCUGGACGACUUUUGUGCCAAAUCAGCAAUCGAAUGGCACCUGAUCCCACCUUCCGCCCCACACUUUGGAAGUUUGUGGGAGGCCGGCGUACGCUCUGCCAAAUACCACUUGAAGCGCAUCACUGGAACCGCCAACAUGAACUUCGAGGAAUACACCACCGUCCUCGCCCGCAUAGAAGCCCUGCUGAAUUCUCGGCCAAUUACCGCACUAUCUGAAGAUCCCAGUGACAUCAGCCCGCUAACUCCCGGUCACUUCCUGGUGGGACGUCCGUUGACCGACAUUGCUGAACCCGACCUAACGGACCGCAAAGAGACUACGCUUUCCCGAUGGCAACGACAGUCCCAAAUGGUGCAACAUUUCUGGGCUCGAUGGUCGAAUGAUUACAUUACGACACUGCAGAACCGCAACAAAUGGCACAAACCGUUCCCUGUGAAGCCUGGACAGUUGGUGAUCAUCCGAGAAGACAACCAGCCACCGAUGAACUGGAAACUGGGGAGGAUCGAACAAGUGUUCCCUGGACUGGACGGACUGGUACGAGUGGCCGAUGUACGAUCUGGCGGCAAACUUGUCCGAAGACCUAUUGCGAAGCUGUGUCUACUGCCGGUGGACGACAACGUUGUGCAGCCUGACGACGACUUCCACGAAGACGAGAACGACAGCGAAUGA